UUUUAAAAGGAAAAAGCUUUUGGGGCAGUCCUUUCUGCAGCAAAUCUGGAAGUGGAUCUGGACCUCUCUUCUCACUUGUGUUUCUCCUGCAGAGUAGACCAAGCAAACAGCGUUCUGUGUGUCUCCUUAACUGCAUCUCUUCAUCUCCAGCUUGGAGUGGAGGGGGAGGAGAAAGGGAGCUGCCAGCAGCUCUCAGUGAUUGAUUUGUCUCGUGUUUUCUUAUGCUGCGCUCUAACAACCUGUUUUAAAAAAAAAAAUUACAAUGACAAAUCGAAGCAAAUAUUUUCUGGCUAGAAAUUCAAAGUGCCCUGGAUCAUCCUUGGGUAUUUUGCUAUUAAAUGUGCAGCUUUAUCCGUAACGUUUGUCUGGGAUUUUUUUUUUUUUCCCCUGCUGUAGCUUGCAGCGUUUAGAAGAGAAAUGUCUUUCCCCCGGAGCCAUUUGCUUCAAUAAUUGCUGUGGUGCGAAGCUGCUGUCAGCAGAGGACAGGUCAUAAAGAGCAGCUAACCCAACUUCAAAAAUGUGACUCAUGUCCCCUCCAGCAAAAGGAUCAGGAGCAGUUCCUGGGUUGGUGCAAGAGCCCCACAGGACACAAAAAUGAUGAAGAUGAGAGGAACCUGGCUGGGUGUGUCCCUGGGACACCUGCUGGCUCUGGGACACGAGCACAAAUGGAGAAACAUGGUGGAUUGCAGAAAGUUCAGGCUGUUUGUCUGCCUGGUGGGGCUCAGCAGUGCCAGCCUCUGGGUUUUCCACGCCUGGACCGAAUUCUGCAUGUUCUGUGAGAGCAGCCAGGGUGACCUAUUCCCCACGGAGACUUUCAGGAGGAUGGAAGGGAACUUCUCCCAGCUCCCAGAUGUUGACUGCCACAAGAACCCUCCUUUCCUUGUCCUGCUGGUGGCGUGCUCAUUCCAGCAGCUGGAUGCCAGGAUGGUCAUCCGGCACACCUGGGGCAAGGAAAGGACAGUGGCUGGGAAGCGCCUGGUGACCUUGUUCCUCCUGGGCAGCCCUGGGAAUGCCAGCCAGCAGGCUGACAUGGCUGCUGAGAGCCAGAGCUACAGAGACAUCAUCCAGAAGAACUUCACAGACACCUAUUACAACCUGACCCUGAAGACCAUGAUGGGAAUGGAGUGGAUCCACAGGUUUUGCCCCCAGUCCAGCUUCGUGAUGAAAACCGACACGGACGUGUUUGUCAACGUUUUUUACCUCACUGAGCUGCUCCUGAGGAAAAAGAAGAGCACUGGAUUCUUCACAGGCUUUUUAAAACUGCACGAGUACCCCAUCAGGACAAGAGGGAGUAAGUGGUAUGUGAGUAGGGAAGAGUAUCCAGGAACCACCUACCCACCCUUUUGUUCCGGGACUGGAUAUGUUUUAUCCAGCGACGUAGCCAGCCAGAUCUAUAAAAUUUCUGGGAGUGUUCCAUUCAUUAAACUGGAGGACGUGUUCAUAGGGCUGUGCCUCGACAAAUUAAAAAUCCAGCUGGAGGAGCUCCACUCGGAGCAGACGUUUUUCCCAGAGAGGAUCAGGUUCUCUGUUCCUCGCUUUAGGAAAAUCGUGACGUGCCAUGGAAUCAAACUAUCUGAGCAGCUCAGCUACUGGAACCACUUAGUGGCAGCAACUCAAGGAGGAGUGCUCUAGCACCUACCCUCCUCCACUUCACAGACUGAAAUUCUCUGCUUUUACAGGGCUGCUCCCCACUCCAGCAAAAUCCCAAUUAACUCCAGCUCCAUCACUCCCAAUUAACUCCAUCCAGCUCCAUUAAAGACUUUAGAAAUGGUUAUUUUAAUCACAGAAUCAGAGAAUUGUUGAGUUUGGAAAAGACCUCCAAGAUCAUUGAGUUUGAUUAAAUCUUUCCUUUGAUUAAACACUACCUUGCUAACUACACCUGA